AUGCCAACAAAGAAGCUGAGGAAAUGGAUGGGAAUCAAAGAGAGCUGGAGCAGCAAGCGGCAAGUACAGCUUUCCUUGUUAGUCUCUUUGUUCUGCCAGGCACUGUCUGAAGAUGCUGGGUAUUCUAUUCCUGAGGAAAUGGAGAAGGGCGCUCUGGUGGGGAACCUUGCCAAGGAUUUGGGUCUGAACAAGAAAGACCUGGUGAAUAGGAAGCUCCGUAUCCUCUCUGCUGCUAAUGCACAGUUCUUUACAGUGAAUGGGGAACGUGGAGACCUCUACGUAAGAGACAGGAUAGAUCGGGAGGAAAUUUGCGGAAAGCUUCCGCGCUGUGUCCUCAAUUUUGAAAUUGUGGUUGAAAACCCUUUGAACGUUUUCCAUGUCAGUGUCGCCAUAGAGGACAUUAAUGAUAAUGCACCCUGGUUUUUAAAAGACGAUAUCAAGCUAGAAAUAAGUGAAUCCAGCCUGCCCGGAGCCAUCUUCGCUCUUGGAAAUGCCGAAGAUCCUGAUGUUGGGAUCAAUUCUCUCCAGAAUUACCAGCUGAGCCCCAAUCAGUACUUCGCCUUGGAUGUUAAAGAAAGUCCAGACAGAAAUAAAUAUGCAAUGUUGGUGCAAAGCAAACCACUGGAUCGGGAAAGUGAACAUAGUCUCCAUUUGACCCUUACAGGCCUGGAUGGGGGAGAGCCAAUAAAAACUGGGACAGCCCAUAUAUGGAUAAAUGUCACUGACAAUAAUGAUAACCCACCAGUCUUUACUCAGGAAGUCUAUAAAGCCAGCAUAAAGGAGAGUGCACCCAAAGGAUAUUCAGUAAUACAGGUCAAAGCCUCUGACAGAGAUGAAGGUUCCAAUGCAAAAAUAAGUUACAGUUUCAGCAACAUCCCAGCUAAAACCAGACAGAAGUUUAGCCUGGAUGCAGAAAAUGGGGUAAUUACACUUAAGGAGACUUUGGACUUUGAAGAGUCAACAAGCUACAUGAUGCUAGUGGAAGCCAAGGAUGGUGGUGGACUGCUGACCCAUAGCAAGGUGGAGGUGGUGGUUCUUGAUGAGAAUGACAAUGCUCCAGAGGUCGAGCUCAUGUCCAUCUUUAAUCCCAUCCCUGAAGACUCUCUGCCCGGCACUGUGAUUGCUUUGAUCAAAGUGGAGGAUAGAGAUGAAGGAGAUAAUGGGAAGACUGCCUGUUCUAUAGAAGGGAAUACACCUUUUCAGAUGCUGUUAUCAAAUAACAAUUACUACAAGCUCCUCACAGAGGGUGCCCUAGACAGAGAGAAAACCCCACACUACAACCUUACAAUCACAGCCACUGACAAAGGCACACCACCCCUUUCCACACACAAGACAAUCUCCCUGCAGAUUUCAGACGUCAACGACAACUCCCCUGCCUUUGGAGAAUCUUCCUACCAUCUCUUUGUGCCAGAAAACAACCCUUCGGGGGCCUCCAUUUACACUGUCAAAGCCUCAGACCCCGAUUUGGACCGCAAUUCAAGAAUCACUUACUCCAUCCUCACCAGCAAUAUCGAGGAUCUGCCUCUGUCCUCUUACGUGUCCAUUAACUCUGAGACUGGCACCCUCUAUGCACAGCGUUCCUUUGACUACGAGCAGUUCCGUGAGUUCCACAUUCAAGUGAAGGCCCAAGAUGGCGGCUCCCCCCCUCUCAGCAGCAAUGUCACAGUCUGGGUGUUUAUUCUGGAUCAGAACGAUAACCGCCCUCGGAUCCUGUAUCCUCUGCCGAGAGAUGAUGAUGACUCAGCUUUAUUUGAAAUGGUGCCUCGGUCUUCUGAGUCAGGCUAUUUGGUAACCAAAGUGGUGGCCGUGGAUGCUGACUCCGGACACAAUGCUUGGAUUUCCUAUCACCAGCUUCAGGCGACGGAUCCGGCUCUCUUCACCAUUGGACUACACACUGGGGAAGUCAGGACAGCACGGGCCUUUGUGGAAACAGAUGCUGUAAAGCAAAAGCUCGCCAUUUUAGUGAAGGAUAAUGGAAGCCCUCCUCUUUCUGCCACCGUCACUUUGAACCUGGUGUUUGCAGAGAGCUUCCAAGAGGCGCUUCCAGAAAUGAGCAAGCCACCCAGUGACUCAGCGUCCCAGUCUGAUAUGAACACCAUUUUGGUGACCACCAUCAUUUUAGUCUCGUGCUUAUUUCUUUUUACAGCCCUAACGGUUUUGAUUCUGAAAUGCCGAAGACAAAGAAGCCCAGCUGUGCUUGGGUCCUACAAUCCAGAACUGUAUGCUAGUUUAGGCCACAAGUUUUCCUGCAAUUACAGCCAGGGGACAUUAGCAUUGCCCUGUUCAUAUGAAGUAUGCCUGGCCUCCCAGUCUGGGCACAAGGAGUUUGCCUUUCUGAAACCAGACCCGGGGGCUGUCACGGACAGUCUCAUUACAACGGAAGAUUCUGGAAUUGGGAAUGAAUCUGAAUGUCUGGGAGACAAUCUCGGCUCCAGUACCAGCAUACAGGGCCGCAACCUGCGCGUGGUGACGGGCGGCGGGCGCAGCUACUUCGCGGCCGACCUGCGCAGCGGGCGGCUGGUGGUGCGGGAGCGGCUGGACCGCGAGGCCCUGUGCGGCCGGCUGGCGCCCUGCGUGCUGAGCCUGCAGCUGGUGGCCGAGCGGCCGCUCGAGCUCUUCGGCGUGGCCGUGGAGGUGACGGACAUCAACGACAACGACCCGGCCUUCCCGAGCCGGCAGAUGCGGCUGGAGGUCAGCGAGGCGGUGGCGCCGGGGGCGCGCUUCCCGCUGGAGAGCGCGCAGGACGCGGACGUGGGCGCCAACGCGGUGCAGACCUACCAGCUGAGCGCCAACCCCCACUUCGCCCUCGACGUGCAGGCCCGCGCCGACGGCACCAAGUACGCCGAGCUGGUGCUCCGCCAGGCGCUCGACCGCGAGCGGCAGCGCGACCUCCGCCUGCUCCUCACCGCCCUCGACGGCGGCAGCCCGCCCCGCCCCGCCGGCCUCCAGGUCCUGGUCGACGUCCUCGACGCCAACGACAACGCGCCCGUCUUCAACCGCUCCGCCUACGGCGCCCGCCUGCGUGAGGACGCCCCGACGGGCUCCCUGGUGGCCCGGCCCAGCGCCGUCGACCUGGACGAGGGCCCCAACGGGGAGAUCCUCUACUCCUUCAGCAGUCACACCCCGGCCCGGGUGCGCCAGCUCUUCGGCCUCGACGCCGCCACGGGGGAGCUGAGGCUCCAGGGCUCGCUGGACUUCGAGGAGGCCAAGUUGUACGAGAUCUACAUCCAGGCGAAAGACAAGGGCCCCAACCCUGCCGUGGCGCACUGCAAAGUGCUGGUGGAGGUCGAGGACGUGAAUGACAACGCCCCGGAGAUAACGGUCACCUCGGUGUACAGCCCGGUGCCGGAGGACGCCGCCCCGGGCACUGUGAUCGCUUUGCUGAGCGUCAGGGACCAGGACUCUGGGGAUAACGGACUGGUCCAUUGCUCCAUACCUUCGGGCAUCCCCUUCGCCCUUAGCUCUUCUCUUAAAAACUACUACACCUUGCAGACCAAAGAGCCCUUGGAUCGGGAACUGGUUUCGGAGUACAACAUCACCAUCGCAGCCCGGGAUGGUGGCUCGCCUCCUCUGGUGGCGGAGAAGCAGGUGCUGGUCAAAGUGUCCGAUAUCAACGACAACCCUCCCAAAUUCCCACAGCCCUCCUAUGAUUUGUACGUGGAGGAGAACAACCUUCCGGGGACCGUGAUUCUUAACGUCAGUGCCUCCGACCCGGAUCUGAACAAGAAUUCCCACCUUUCCUACUCCAUCCUGGACAGUAAUAAGGUCUCGGGAGACCUGGUGGGCCGGUACUUUUCUAUUAAUCGAGACAAUGGUACUAUUUAUGUCCUAGUGCCUCUGGACCACGAGGAUACAAUGGAGUUCAGGAUGGUGGUCCAGGUCCACGAUGGGGGCAUCCCACCCCUCGCCACUAACCUCACAGUCGGCGUGUUUGUCACAGAUCAAAACGACAACCCGCCCCAGGUGUUGUACCCACGCACAAAUGCCAGCGCUUUGUUUUCAGAAACCAUUUCCCCCACGGUCAGCCCUGGAUACAUGGUCACCAAGAUUGUGGCUUGGGACGCCGAUGCCGGUUACAAUGCCUGGCUUUCCUAUUUGCUCCUUCAAGCCACCGACCCAGGGCUUUUCACGGUGGGGCUGCACUCUGGGGAGGUGAGCACCGCUCGCGCUUUGCAGGAGGAUGACUCCCGCAAGCAAACCUUGGUCAUCUUGAUCAAAGACAAUGGGGAACCUGCCUUAUCCUCCACGGUGACCCUCACCAUCACGGUAGCCGAGGUGUCAGGGGAGACCUUUUCAGACCUGGCGAUGAUGCCCCUGGUGCCACAGACAAAGAAGCACUUGACUUUCUAUUUAAUCCUUGCUAUCAUCUUGAUCUCAGUGGCCUUCUUUCUCACCGUCCUCGGGGUGGGCCUUUAUAAGUUCUACAAGUGGAGGCGAUCCAAGGACAUUUUCAAGGCCUCCAGAAGCUCCCUUUACAGGACCCCGGGACCUUUCAACCACAUAGACACUGUCCGGAGUGGAUUUACUCCUCCAAACUUUUACCAGCAGGUUCUCACCACUGACUCUCGCCAGAGUGAGCUUCUAUACAAAAUGCCCUUUACCCCCAGUCCCAUGGGCAGCUGCCAGAACACGCUCGCCAGAUGUGAUCCUGCACUAUAUAACCAGAUAAUAAGCACAAAUAGUAGACAUCUGGUGCCCUCCGAGCAAGCACAACCUGUGAACACAGACUGGCGGUUCUCUCAAGCCCAGAGACCAGGCACCAGCGGGUCUCAGAAUGGGGAUGAAAAUGGGACUUGGCCAAACAACCAGUUUGAUACGGAAAUGCUUCAAGCCAUGAUCCUGGCGUCAGCGAACGAAGCUGCCGCUGCCGCCGCCGCCAAUCCAGACGGGAAUUCGACUCUGGGAGGCGGAGCCACUGCAGGCACGAUGGGCCUCAGCACCAGGUAUGGCCCCCAGUUCACCCUGCAGCACGUCCCCGACUACAGGCAAAACGUGUACAUCCCGGGCAGCACGGCCACGCUCUCCAAUGCCGCGGGAAAGCGUGACGGGAAAGCGGCAGCCUCCGGAGGGGGAAACAAGAAGAAGUCGGGGAAGAAAGAGAAGAAGUAGGCGGAACCCACAGGAGGAGACCGGCGCCACCUUAGACCUGGAGGGCAAAACCGUCCAGCACUCCCCCAAUUCAUAGUCUAGGAUGGAGGAUGAAUGUGAAUUUGUGGAUAAUAAAUUUUUCUAAAAAAAUAAAUAAAAGAACAUUCCGAAUGUAACGUCAUCGUUGGGUCAUCAGGGCUAAGAGUAGGUCACCUACCCGUAGUCCUCAUGAUGUCAAAGAAUUUGGAAACAAAACAUGAUGUAGUCCCAUGGGCUGAGAUGUUCUCACAAGAGAAACGCAAGGGUGCCCAAUCGGUGAAAGGUUUUCUUCACCACUGGUUUACUCCAGAGUGAUCCGAAACAACCCACAAGGCUUAGGGUGGGCUCUGUCCGUUGUAAAUAAUUCUCAUAAACAGAGAUCUGUAUGUAUGCAUUUCCCCCCUCCCCCAUGUCGAAGCACAUCAUCUCUUCCUCCGAUUUUGAUGAUUGAUUUAUUUCCCCCCCCAACCCUCGAGAACUAGCAACUGGAAUCCUUGUUAUGAAGUUGAUAGGGAGUGCUUUAGUUCCCCUUAAACCCGUUGAUUUAAAAGAAAUGUUUAUCCUGCAUUGUUAGAAGGGAAUGAGAUUCAGGUGCGUUAUAAACAUUUGUCUUUUAUUUUAAGUUUAACCAGCGAUGGCCUAAAAGAAAUGAACACGCAGUCACGGUCUCUGAGAAGCAGGGCGCGCAAGUCACCUUGCUGUGGGAAGCCUUCCUGGGGUGGGGGGGGCCCACAGACACCCCCCUGCCCUUAUUGUUUGACUACCAAGGCCUCUAAAGAGACAUCUCAUCUCCAUUGUGGUCAUAAAUAUUUAUGUGUACAGUAAAUGUCUUUCUGGAGUAAGAGUUAGAGAAAGUAGUGGGCCGCUUGUGAGCGUAGUGAGCUGCUGUUCCCUGAUGCACUGAAAUAGCUCUGUGAGUUCCCCACAGGCAGAUGACUUUGGUCAGCAAAUGGGUUUCCAGUCGCCCAGCUGAGAAUGAGUUAAACAGGAAUGCUUCACAUCUUUCUGCACAUCGAGUUGCAUGUAGAACACUCGCCUCUCAUGUACAGUAGGACCACCAACGCCUCCCACGCUAGAAUACAGAAGCCAUUGCAUGCCGUAAACAGCAUGAUGUAGAUAUGCUGCCAAAUGCCCACAGCCCUGACGCAACCCAAGCAUCGUCUGUCCGCCAGUCGAGUUCAGUAGCGAAAUGCGUUGCCCCCGUGUCGGAGCACUGGCAAAGUAUGCACGUUCCGUAUUGUCUAUGCAGUGCACCUAAGAAAUGCCUGUGGAUUUACGGGCCUUCACAAUCAGAUGUUUAAGAAAACAGCGUUUGGCCGGAGAAAGUUCAGGGUCCAGGCAUGGAGAAGGGAUGCUGGAAUUAGUCCUGGGCAACGCUUGCUGACUGCCGAGCCAGUGACCCGUCCCGGAGGUCAGCUUGGACUCCACAGUAGGGUUUUGGUGCAGUGCAGGUCCUCAGGACCACUCUGCUACCAACCCUGCCUGGAUGCUGCUCAAAGUCCACUGGAAUUUUUUUUUUUUAAACGCACUCUGGAGUUCUUUUCCUGUGUCCUUUUAAAAAACCACUUGAUUUGGGUUCUUUAACCAUAUUAUUUAACAGCCGAGGGUUGGCAGGAUUUCUGCAGCCCUUCGUCCCCAUCUCUGUGCAUAUCCAAGCGCAGGCAAGGUAGGGUUUGCCAUGAGCUGUGAGCACAGGGCCUCUCUUCCUGUCCACAGACAGUACGGAGUUCCCUUCCCCCUCAGCUGGCUUC